CCUUUUAAAAACCUCACCCUCACCGAAUACCACAAAGAAAGAAAGAAACCGCAAGAGAGGAAAAAAAAAAAAGGUAAAGAGAGAACCAAACAGCAAGUGCAGGAAAAGUGCAAAAAUUUUCUCAAGAAAAAGUGGAGAUAUAUAAAGGUUGAUACCUUAACUCAAGAAAAAAAAAAAUGGCGUUUUACGUCGACGAAGAGGAGGUCUGGAAAUGUCCGAGUCAUCCUUCUAAGCGUCGCCGUACUGGUAUCUGUCCGGUUUGUCUCCGAGACAAACUUGCUUCUCUUUGCCCCGACUGCGCCCACGCACGUCCUUGCUCAUGUAUCACAACCUCUUCUUCUUCUUCCUCCUCUUCCUCCUUCUCCCGCUUCUCAACUGCGGCGGCUGGUGGCAACACAGGUGUCGGUUCUGUUGGUCGAGUUUCCAAUCUUAUCGAAAGCGAACCUGCGUUUCGACGAUCCAGAUCCCUGGCGAUUCCAUUCCUCCGAUCCAAACCUGAGGAUUCAAGCGAAAGGAAUGGUUUGGCGGGUAGGAAGAGCAAGACGCCGUCCUUUUGGUCGAUAUUUAGAGCUAGUAAUAAGAGCAAGCGGUACGAGAGUGAAGAUGAUCAGAGCCAAGGGGAGAAAGAGAGAAGAGCAGCGGCGGACGAAGAACGGAGGAGGAGGAUGAUGAGGAAGUCAAGGUCUGUGGCUGUGACGUCACAUUCGGGUAAAUCAUCUCCGUCGACGAAAGGGAAGAGCUGGUAUUUUCCUAGUCCGAUGAAAGUUCUCAGGCAAACUAGGGUUUCGAAAUUGGUUUUCCAAGAACGCUCUCCUUUGUAUAGAGGUUGAUUUCUUUUUAGCCUCCUUUAUUCAUUGUUAUUUUCUAUAGUAAAUAAAUAAGUAAAUGUGGAAAAUUAACAAUAGAAA